GCGAAACGCCAAUGAUUUAUAGAAAUAAGAAAAUGUGGCGACGUGUUCGAUGUGUUUAGGACUUCACCUUCUCAUUUAAAUAAUGUAGUUUCGACGGGAAUUUGCAGACCGCACGCUUGACACAACUUCUCCUCGGCUCCUUGGCGAUCUCACCAUGGAAAUGUACAACAACAGCACCUUUUCCUACUCGGGGUUCACCAAGGAAAACAAUACGAACUUUUCGGAGGUGACGCUGAGUUACCAGAUUAUAACUUCACUGUUUAUAGGAACUAUGAUCCUCUGCUCUAUUAUUGGGAAUGCUUGUGUGAUCGCCGCUAUAGCACUGGAGCGUUCUCUACAAAAUGUAGCCAACUAUCUAAUAGGGUCACUUGCUGUCACCGAUCUGAUGGUGUCGGUGCUGGUACUACCCAUGGCUGCUCUGUAUCAAGUUCUGAACAAAUGGACCCUGGGACAGGUAACCUGUGACAUUUUUAUCUCUUUAGAUGUGUUAUGUUGUACAUCUUCUAUCCUGCACCUUUGCGCGAUUGCUUUGGACAGAUACUGGGCUAUUACUGAUCCAAUAGACUAUGUCAACAAGAGGACUCCGAGACGAGCCGCUAUUUUAAUAAGCUUGACAUGGCUGGUCGGAUUUUUAAUUUCAAUCCCACCCAUGUUAGGCUGGAGAACGCCCGAAGACAGAGCUGAUCCCGAUGCUUGUAAUAUUAGUCAAGACCCUGGCUAUACCAUUUAUUCCACCUUCGGUGCCUUUUACAUCCCGCUAAUAUUGAUGUUAGUCCUGUAUGGAAGGAUAUUCAAAGCCGCCAGGUUCCGCAUACGCAAAACGGUGAAGAAAUCGGAGAAGCAAAAAGUAGCAGACACUUGCCUGACUGUUUCUCCAGCCGUCGCGCAAAAGAAAAGCAACGGUGAGAACAGCAAGAACUGGAGGAGGAGCGUGGAGCCCAAGCCUGCCUGCAUCAACGGGGCCACUCGGCACGGGGAAGAAGGGCCAGCUUUAGAAGUUAUCGAGCUGCACCACUACCACCCCAAAGGUCACCUUCCUCUGCCCAGCCACACCAACAGCCAAUUGACAUUUUGCUUUGAGGCGAGGAAUGAUAAGAACGUUGAAGCCAAGAGAAAAGUAGCCCUCGCCCGCGAGCGGAAAACGGUGAAAACUUUGGGCAUCAUUAUGGGCACCUUCAUCUUCUGCUGGUUGCCAUUUUUCAUCGUUGCCCUUGUACUGCCAUUCUGUGGACCGCACUGUUACAUGCCAAUGUGGCUCCACGCAGUCAUCAACUGGCAAGGCUAUUCCAAUUCUCUCCUAAAUCCCAUAAUUUAUGCUUAUUUCAAUAAGGAUUUCCAAAGUGCUUUCAAAAAAAUUGUAAAAUGCAAGUUCUGCAGGCAAUAAUUCAACCAUUAUUCCAAAUUCAUUACUGUGGUGCAUUAGUCCAAAAACAAACCAUACCAUUUUAACGUAAUGUAUUUAACAUUUAUUUUAGUCUGUACCUGUGGCACGAAGACAACUGGAUUCAACUUGUAGCCAGAUUGGCAUUGCUGUACACAUGACAACAUUCGUGCUGACAUCACAUUUCAAACAGCAUUUCAAAUUAGAAGACAAAGGCCUAUCCAGUUUCGAUAUAAUCGUUAUUUCCUUGAAACCUAAUUGGAAAGUGUCCGUGUUGUUCUGCGAUUUAACCACGCAAUUCUGGACCUUGCAUCCGCAGCUGUCAAGGUGCCGAGCUAAGCGGCACCAUUUGUAGACGAAAACUGAUACCUGUCUUCACUUGAUGUGUGUCUCACAACCCCACGUAUGCCGUGUGCUGAGGUUUUCUGCUAGUCUUUACUUUUGUGAUUUUUUUCGAAGUUGCAGAGUUGGGCCUGUGAUCGUUCGCAAUCAGUAACAGUGACUUCCACUUAAUGCAAA